GGGGCUUCAGAUUAAUUGGAGUAUUGGUUCGGCCUUCCACGUUACUGGCCUCGGGAUCAUGGACAAGUCUGCAUCGCUCCCCUUGUAGACCAUGUCCCGGACACGGUGUUCCGUUUUUCACGUUGCAAUAUUGCAGCGCUUUCGAGGUGCGGGGGCUUGAUUGCUCGUCGACAAUGGGAAGAACGCCCUGAUUAGGACUAGGGACAUUCGGAGGCACAGGUUUCCUCGACGCACGACCUCGUCGCUUUGCCCCCUUGUUUUCAACAUUAUUAUGUGCUGUAUUCUGUGUUUCAGGAGUUCCGCCAGCGUGCAGUUUCUUACAGCGAGUCCCAUUCUUGCAAUUUCCUUGGAGGCAAAAACGGCACACUGUAGAGUUUGGAGCAAACAUGGGGGCACCAAAGCUGUCCAAUGGCGUCAAUCUGGAGGUGUUUAUACGGACACGCGUCAAAGAAGCUCAGACUUCUCCCGGCCACAGCGGAAUCGACACAUUAGAACAGCAGAUUGAGGAGCACCUGCCAUGGACCUAGACUCAGGACGAACGGCUAGCUAAUAGAAAUUUCCGUAAAUGCCAGUCGGUAUUGCGUCUUGCGGUCAUCGUGGUUGCAGGGUAAGAAGGAAGCGUGUCUUCAAAUGUCAAGAAAGUGAUUUGAUG